AGAACUCAGGACCUCAUGCUUGAGAGUCCAGCACUUUCUCCUCUGCCCCCCCCCCCCAGCAUCAAGCUCUCCAGCCCCGUGAAGCGCCCCAGAAAGGAGGCGGUGGACGAGGACCUGUUUCCAGAGCACUACCGGAAGUACUCAGACUACAUCAAAGGGAGCAACCUGGAUGCCCCGGAGCCCUACCGCAUCGGCCGCAUCAAAGAGAUCUUCUGCACCAAGAAGACCAACGGCAAGCCCAAUGAGGCCGACAUCAAGAUCCGGCUGAACAAGUUCUACAGGCCUGAGAACACGCACAAGUCCACGCCGGCCAGCUACCACUCGGACAUCAACUUGCUGUACUGGAGCGACGAGGAGGCCGUGGUGGACUUCCGGGCCGUGCAGGGCCGCUGCACCGUGGAAUACGGCGAGGACCUGGGCGAGAAUCUGCAGGAGUUCUCGGCCGGCGGACCCGACCGCUUCUACUUCCUCGAGGCCUACAACGCCAAGAGCAAAAGCUUCGAAGACCCCCCAAACCACGCCCGGAGUCCCGGCAACAAGGGCAAAGGCAAAGGGAAAGGAAGAAGCCGGGUCAAGUCCCAGGCCAGCGAGCAGCAGCCCGGCGAAACGGAGAUCAAGCUGCCCAAACUUCGGACCCUGGAUGUGUUUUCUGGCUGCGGGGGUCUGUCGGAGGGGUUCCACCAAGCAGGCAUCUCCGAGACUCUGUGGGCCAUCGAGAUGUGGGACCCCGCGGCGCAGGCCUUCCGGCUCAACAACCCGGGCUCCACGGUGUUCACGGAGGACUGCAACGUGCUGCUGAAGCUGGUGAUGGCGGGCGAGACCAGCAACGCGCUGGGCCAGAAGCUGCCGCAGAAGGGCGACGUGGAGCUGCUGUGCGGGGGCCCGCCCUGCCAGGGUUUCAGCGGUAUGAACCGCUUCAACUCGCGCACCUACUCCAAGUUCAAGAACUCUCUGGUAGUCUCUUUCCUCAGCUACUGUGACUACUACCGACCCCGCUUCUUCCUCCUGGAGAAUGUGCGGAACUUCGUGUCCUUCAAGCGCUCCAUGGUGCUGAAGCUUACCCUCCGCUGCCUUGUCCGCAUGGGUUACCAGUGCACCUUCGGGGUGUUACAGGCCGGCCAGUACGGCGUGGCGCAGACACGCCGGCGAGCCAUCAUCCUGGCUGCAGCCCCCGGGGAGAAGCUGCCCCUCUUCCCCGAGCCCCUGCACGUGUUCGCCCCCCGCGCCUGUCAGCUCAGCGUCGUGGUCGACGACAAGAAGUUUGUCAGCAAUAUCACCAGGCUGAGCUCGGGGCCCUUCCGGACCAUUACCGUGCGGGACACCAUGUCCGACCUCCCUGAGAUCCGCAACGGUGCCUCGGCCCUGGAGAUCCUCUACAACGGGGAGCCCCAGUCCUGGUUCCAGAGGCAACUGCGGGGCUCGCAGUACCAGCCCAUCCUCCUGGACCACAUCUGCAAGGACAUGAGCGCUCUGGUGGCCGCCCGCAUGCGACACAUCCCACUGGCGCCGGGCUCCGACUGGCGGGACCUGCCCAACAUGGAGGUGCGGCUGUCGGACGGGACUCUGACCAAGAAGCUGCGGUACAACUAUCACGACUUCAAGAACGGCUGCAGCAGCUCGGGCCUCGAGCGGGGCGUCUGCGCCUGCGCCGAAGGCAGCACCUGCGACCCCCAGGCCCGCCAGUUCAACACCCUCAUCCCCUGGUGCCUCCCGCACACGGGCAACCGCCACAACCACUGGGCCGGCCUGUACGGGCGCCUGGAGUGGGACGGCUUCUUCAGCACCACGGUCACCAACCCCGAGCCCAUGGGCAAGCAGGGCCGCGUGCUCCACCCCGAGCAGCACCGCGUGGUGAGCGUGCGGGAGUGCGCGCGCUCGCAGGGCUUCCCGGACACCUACCGGCUCUACGGCAACAUCCUGGACAAACACCGGCAGGUGGGUAAUGCAGUGCCGCCGCCCCUGGCCAAAGCCAUCGGCCUGGAGAUCAAGCUGUGUAUGUUGGCCAAAGCUCGCGAGAGUACCUCAGCUAACGUCAAGAAAGACGACUUGGACUAACCAGGGGACCUCCCUGCGGCCCCUCCCCAGCCUGUUCUGCCCCCCGUGCCAGCCGGGGCUGCCCCUGGAGGUGGGGCCAGAAGACACCAUCCUGCAAGCUCCAUCCGCCCCUGGGGGACCAGUAUCUGAUGCCCCGAAUCCUGAGCCACCCCAGUUUUAAGGGUUUUUUAAAAUCACAAAUCCUAUCAACUCAGCUGCUGGAAGAGCGGGCACUUCCUCCUCCUCCUCCUUUCUGUAGUUUUUAUAUGUUGUAAUAUUUCUUCAAAUAAAUCUCCUAUCAAGCGCA